AUGCCGCCGUCGCGCAAAGCGCGACACGCCGCUGUGGUGCAAGAAUCUCGCAGGCCUGCGAAGCAGCAGCAGCAGCGGCAGCAGCGCCCGCCCUCCCCUGACCACGCCGUCAGGGCAUUGAAUCCGGGACGAAAUGCGAGUGCUGCGAGGUCGUGGCGGGAACAGCUACUUCAUCUCGCUACGCAGGAGGCUUACACCGCCGCGACACUGUUGCGCCUGCUGCCCUCGCCAGCGCCCGCUGACGCCAGGGGUGGUGUACAGCCGAGCCAGUCGCUCUUGGGCACUGCUGCGCCGCCACCUGCGCUCUCUGGCGCUGGGGCUACAGGUGGGGCCAGGGUGCAAACUGCGCAGACGGCACGCCUGGCCAGACGGAGCGCGCACGAUGCGUCGCCACCGGCCACCGCCGCUGCCACCACCGAGGCUGCUUCUCUGCCUACCCAGACUGUCGAAUGGACAUCGUACGGGGAGCUCUGGGAAGGCCUGCUGGCCUGCCUCCCGCUGGUGAACGGAGCCAAGGACGCCGCGAAGCACACGCCGGCCACGGGCGGCAACAGCGACGACAACGGCAACACCGGUGGUGGCAAGCGGCGCGGCGGGGAGCAGGCGGGUCACCAGGGCGACAAGAAGGCAGCAAUGGCGGCUGCUCUCGCUGACGGGGGUACGAAAGCCGGUGCCAUGAACUCGCCCGUCACCGAUGUCUCUGCGAUGUUCUGCACGCUCAGCAACGAUUGGCGGUCGUUCUUUCUGCACAGGCACCUGAGGGGCGCGGCGAUGGCUGGAAGUGGCACACGUAGUGCUGCUCCUGCACAGGGGCACCAGACAGCAGCACGGCCGCAGCGGCGUCGGCCAGACAACCUCACAUGCUCACCCUACAUGACGCACGCGGAGCAGCAAGCGAUACGCCGAUACACCGCCGCAGCGAUCGCCGCUGUGCCGAGUGGUGCGCGACGCGGUGUAAGCACCGUCUGCGUGUUGGACUUCCUGUGA